UACUACUUCAGCGCUGGGCUGUUUUAUGAUUUUUAAAUGUCAUAAUAUUGUGUAGUUCCGGGUUUUGAUCGUAUUUGAAGUAGUUGCGAGAAUUUAUUUCCAAGAAAAUUGAGUAAAUUGUGCAACGCGAAAUGGAACGGAUUGUGCGACCGGCUGCAGGCUUGACAGCUUUAUAUUAUUUACGCGAUUUUCUCAUCAGAGGAAAGUCACGGCGUUGGUGGGUUCGACCUUCUAACCAGUAUCGCUCCACUGAAGGAUAUUUUGAAACCGAUUACGAUCGAAUGCGGCAAAGAGAUCCGGAUUACUUCCAGGAUUCGAUACGUAUGAGCCCUUCCACUUUCGACCUACUGUUGAGGAAAGUUCGAUCUCGGCUGGAGAAAUUCUCAUUUCGAAGGCCUAUUUCUCCAGCAUGUAGAUUGUUUCUCACUCUAAUGUAUCUUGCUCAUGGUACCCCAGUCGCUAUAAUGGCCAGAAUGUUCAAGAUGGGUGAAUCAACGAUUCGUAAUAUCACGAUGGAGGUGAGCGACGUCCUUUGGGAAGUUCUCGUUCGUGAUUACCUACCUGUGCCGCUUGAAGAAGACUUCAGAAGGUAUGCCGAAGAGUUCAAAGAGAAGUGGAAGUUUCCAAAUUGCUGCGGUGCAAUUGACGGGAAGCACGUCGCCAUCCAAUGCCCACCGAAUGCCGGGUCCACUUUCUACAACUAUAAAGGAUAUCACUCGAUCGUUCUCAUGGGAUUAUGUAACGCGAACUAUGAAUUUUUGAUGGUGGAUAUUGGCGCUUUCGGUGGCAACAGUGAUGGAGGUAUUUUCUCCAAUUGCAUUUUUGGACAACUUUUGCUGCAAAAUCAAGUGGGUUUGCCUGAACCUUGUGCCCUUCCCAAUACCGAAGUUAUGUUUCCUCAUUUUAUUGUGGGCGACUCUGCGUUCCCGUGAAAAACAAUUUGAUGAGACCAUACCCAGGUACGAAUCUUCCACCGAGAAAGGAAAACUUUAAUACUCGGCUCAGCAUUGCAAGGAGAACCAUCGAAAACACAUUCGGUAUCCUAGUUUCAAGAUGGAGAAUUAUGAAUAAAACAAUGGAUCUGCAGCCAGAAAAUGCAAUGAAAGUUGUCAAGGCAUCGAUAAUUCUCCAUAAUUUUUUGAAAAAAUUGAAUUCUGAGGUAUAUUGUCCGGAAAGGUACGUUGAUCAGGUAGAUGGUUCGGGCAACAUAAUCAUCGAAGGGGAAUGGCGAGCUAAUAUCGAGCCAUUACUGAGUGUGAGCGCAGGCGAAGUUCAACGGGGAAAUAACGCAAGAAA